GGAGAUAGGCCAUUACUACAAGCUAGCCACAAGGUAUUUCUCUCUCUUCCCUCUGAACCAGUAACCCCAUCAACAACCAAACUUUGAGAGAGAAGAUCGAAUUAAGGAUGGCAGUGUCUUCGACAUGCAUGCCUCACAGGGAGUUGAUGCCAACAUUAGUUAAAUCCACAAAUACUUCAACCCUUUUUUGGUUGAAUAACAAUACUAAUAAUAAUGUUAAUGUUAAUGUUAUUACCACUAAUAAUUAUGUUACUCUUACAAGAAAGGCCCCCUGUUCGAGGUUUCUAGCAAGGAGCACUGAGGAUGCUUCAGAGAUGACAGCGACGGCAACGGACCAGUCAUGGGAAGGAGAAGGAGAAAACAGUCCGAUGGAAAUGCCUAAAGGACCUCCUUCUAUCAUCUCUGCCCUUAACGUUGAAAAGGCUCUUCGUGGCAUUGGAAUUACGGAUGUGGACCAUUAUGCUAGGCUGGGACUUCGAAGAGGAUGCACCUAUGAUCAGGUUGGAGCUGCAUACGAGAUUCAAGUCAAGGAAUUAUCCAGCCAAGGGAUGGACGAGGAACAAUUUAACAAAGAGCGUGAUCUUCUUAAGGAAUCGUACAAUAUAUUAUCUUCUGAACAAGAAAGAAGGUUAUAUGAUUGGAGCUUGGCGAGGAACAGCGCACCUGAGAGAUAUAUGUGGCCGUUCGAGGCCGACAUAACACAAACUCCUAGAUGGGGUACUCCUCCUCCACAGGAACCUGAAGAUGUCGGACCUACAACAGCUGUGGGAUAUUUCCUAUUAGCCUGGUUUGUAUUCUCUUUCAUAUUAUCCAUUGCUCUCAACCGAUAGAGCAUCGUUACGUUACGUUACGUUGCUGUGCCGCGUACUCGCAAAUGUCGAUCUCUCCAUUCAAAUUUUAUUCAUCAUUGCUGGAGUAGUAGUUUUGUAAAUAUGCUUAUAAUGCUUUGUGGAAUUCCUAAAUAUAUUAAUUGAAUAAAUAAAUUAAUACGGAGUAGUUUAUACUACUUCAUAAA